UUUUCAUCUGUUUUAAUAUCUAAAUGAUUAAUAAUAAAUAUAAAAUCUAUUUUUUUAUUAUAAAAUGGUUUAAACCUUUGUCUUUUUUAAUAUUUUUUCCGCCUCUGUUGAAAAAGAGGUUCUUUUUUUGGGAACGUACUAAUAUUCCUUUUAUCUUUUUAGUGAUUUGGAUAAUGGAUUUUGAAUUUUAGAUCAGGCGGAACUCUAAUAAUUGUAUAUAGGAAGACAAUGAACAAGGAUCAGUUUUAAACAAAAUGCCUUAAAAUUUUAUGUAUUAUAUAAAUUACUUGAUAAUAAAAAAUAAAUUAUAAAGCCUAUAGAUAGAUAUUAUAUUAUUUAUGCAUUAUCUGCAUCAUUCAUAUCGCAUCCCUACAGGUU